AAAAAAAAAUAAAAAUUUACAAAAAAUAAAAAUUUAUUCCUACGAAUGAGUAUAAAAUUAGACACGGUUUCGAUAUCUACGAAUGAUCUUCCGACCGAGUUCGUGUAUCUAUUAGUUUUGUUUCUGUAAGGAUUUGAAAUCUGUAGAUACGUUUGGUUUGUCUUUGGUCGAAGGUUCUCUGAUGGUGAAAUCUCUGGAAAGCGGUUUCUUAUUCUGCAACUUGUGCGGGACGAUGCUGAUUUUGAAAUCGCCCAAAUACGCGGAAUGUCCUCUUUGCUUGUCCAAGCGAGACGCAAGAGAGAUCAUCGGCAAAGAAAUAUCUUACUCAGUUAGUGCUGAGGAUAUCCGGAGAGAAUUGGGCAUAUCACUGUUUGAUGAAGGACUCGCACAAGCCGAGAGUGAACUGCCAAAGAUCAAGAAGACAUGCGAAAAAUGUGGGCACCCGGAACUCGUGUACACAACCAGACAGACAAGAUCGGCGGACGAAGGGCAGACCACGUACUAUACUUGCCCAAACUGUGGCCACAGAUUCACUGAGGGUUGAGAAAGAUAUUCUCUCUUCUAACAUUGGUGUUACACUUGCACUUUGACCAGAAUAUGGAGUUUAAA